UGAUUGGUCGCGAUCGCCUCGUAAUCAGGGCUACCCCUGUAAAGGUAACGAUAAAACAUCUUCAACAAUAAUACAACUGUCUUGCCAUUGGAUUCGUCAGUACGUAGUACAUCCCCCACGAGCGGUCACCCGACAGGAUCAACCUUGGGCUCGAUUCAAAAUGGCACCCUUACUCUCCGAAGAAGAGCUCGCUUUGGGCGACCCGUAUGAGGUUCUGGGCGUUCCCGUAGACGCAACCGAAAAGCAGAUCAGGUCGGCUUAUCGUAGUCUCAGUUUGAGAUGUCAUCCGGAUAGGUUUCCUAACGAUGAGAAAGCAGCGAAACAAUUCUUCUCCAUCUCCCUCGCUGUGAAUCUUUUGACGGACCCCUCCAAGAGGUCGUUUCUGAACGGCCGGAUAGAGGAGGAAAAGCGGAAGAAGGAAAAGACGGCUGGGAUGGAGAAGAAACGACGGACGAUGGUGGAGGCUUUGCAAGCCCGCGAAGAAGAAGCAAAACGAGCUAAACUAGAUCUCGCUCGAGCUCACGCCGACGCUUCGGCUGAACAAUCGGUUCAAGAGAUCGGACGAAAGAUGCGUGAAGACGCCGCUAGGGCCGCCGAGGCGGCGAGAUUACAGGCUGUGGAGGAAGAAAAACAGCGGAUACGAGAGCUCGAACGGGCGACUGGAUCUAUGAACGGAGGGAACAACAAGGGCGCUGUGGUCAUGCCCGAGAACUCGCUCGAGUUGACCCUGAUGAUGCAAUUCCCCCUGGCCGAUUCUACCGGAUUGACAAGCACCACCGACUCGCUCCGGUCAGCCUUGUCGGCGAGGUAUGGUCCGUUGGAGAACAUCGACCUCUUGCCGCAAGCCGGACCUUCCGAAGCUAAACCGAAAAAGAGCAAAAAGGCCAAAGGGCCUCGAUACGCCGUCGAGUUCAGGAGGACGAAUAUGGACGGAUGUUGGGCUUGCUGGAAGGAUCAUCUGGAGGUCGAGGGAGCGGAAAAGUCGAGGCCAUUGGUUCCCGGCACCAAAGUCAAGUUUGCCGGGAAAAAGGACGGCGAGGCGCCAGCCUGGGUCGACAGUUUGGGAUCAACCGGCAAGAAGCCUGCAGCAAGUGAUACUAAACCGCCAACAGCCGCACCACCCAAGAUAUCCAGCACGUUCACCUCCUCCUUCCCAUCGACUACCACCUCGUCCUUCCCUAGCGUCCCGUCCUCUUUCCCAACACCUGAAUCGAAACGAAAACAACAAGAAGAGCAACGAGAACGUCGUGCAGCAGACGAUUUUGAGAGCGGGAUCUUGUUCCGGAUGCGUCAACAGGAGAGGGAGAAGCUGGAAAGGCAAAUCAGGGAACAGGAAGAGGCCGAGGAGACGGCAGCUGCGUAGCGCAUUGCGAAAUCGGGGAAUGAUCAUGUUCAUUUCGUUGGCGACGAUAUCGGUCGCUUUUGUA